AUGGCGGCGUCUAUCUUCCGUCUUCUUGACCUUCCCCAGGAGUUGUUCGACAUCGUCAUCCGCGACUUCUGCGAAGGCGAAACCGCGCUUAGCCUGGCCAAGUACCGCCGCGUCUGCCGAGCUUUCAAGGGCCCCAUCACCGUCGAGAUCUCCAAGAAGCCGAUCGGCGACUUCCUGCGUAUGGGAGUGAACAGCGGCCGCGAUUAUCUCAAGAACAAGGACAACCUUGGAGACCAUCUCGGUCAUCUCGGUCUUCGGGCAUUCAUAGGCAAGCCUGACGGACGCUUACCCUACCUUCCCCGUCUCAUCGCGGGCCGUAUGAAGCUCCUGCGUCAGUAUGGGGUGAUGCAGGACGGUCAAGAACUCGCAUACGCGCUCCUUCUGGGUAAGCAGCUGGCGGCCCAGUGCGAUUCUGCCUAUAACCUGGCCAUAUACAAAUCGACAAGCCAGAAGUUCUUCGACGUUCUUCCUAGGUUCAACAUCGCUGGGGUCAACCUUGAGGUAGAGUUGUUCGCUACCACAGCGGCAGCUGGUGACGCCGUAGGCUUCCAGAAGCUGAUGGAUCAAUUCGGUACCGCCGGUCUCUUCCGCAAGUCUUACGCGUUCGGCUAUGCGCUCGCUGCAGCUGCAGGCGGCAAUCACAUGAAGCUCGUCAAUCUUCUCAUGGAUUGGGUCAUGCUCAACUACCGCACGAUUCCCAACGAUGAAUAUCAUCUUGCCGUCAUGGAGGCCAUCGACGCAUCACUGGCCGGAGGACAUAGCGACCCCGCGCUACUCCUGCUCAAGGUCUACCACGGUUUCUUCCCUGUACACCAAAACGACGACGUCUAUAACAGGUGGCUUUCACUGGCGGUCAAGCUUUCGGACCACCGCAUCGUACAGACACUGACGUUCACCAUUCGUCGCUUUCCUGAUAUCCUAUCCCGUAUCACCGCAUUCGAGAUGGCUUGCAAGCGCGGCGACGUGCUCAUGGUCCGAAUGUUCGUCCUGAGCGGUAUCCUCGAUCCCAACCAAGGCUAUUACGAGCGCUCGGCCUGCGCUAGCCAGGAGAAUGCUCUUGUAACCGCGGUCGCGGCAGGAAAGGUCGGUCCCGUGGAGGAGCUUCUCUUGCUUGGUGCACAUCCUGAUGGUCUGCCUGCCGCCAAGGGUCGUCAACGCCCUCUACGACGCGCUCUGGUCGACAACCGCCUCGAGAUCUUUCGUCUGCUGCUGGUAUGGGGCGCUGAUACCCAAGACAUCUGGCCGGAGUGGUACGAAGUGGGCUCCAAGAUGUCGCCUCGUCGUCGCCGCUUCUUCGAUUUGCUCCACUCUGGAGUGGGCGACACUUUCGGUUACUGGAACGCCUUGGUUCGUAACGGCCGUGGCUUCGUCGAGGAGCGCAACUAG